AUGGCGUCGGCAAUCUUCUUCCUCGACCUAAAGGGCAAGACUCUUCUCGCGCGCAACUAUCGCGGUGACAUUCCCAUGUCUGCCGUCGAGAAGUUUCCCGUCUUGCUCUCGGAGGCCGAAGAGGAAUCUUCCGCUGUGCCGCCAUGCUUUUCUGACGAAGGGAUUAAUUACCUCUACAUCCGUCAUAGCAAUCUCUAUCUUCUCGCUCUGACCAAGCGCAAUACCAAUGCUGCGGAGAUCCUCCUCUUUCUUCACAAGAUUGUCGAGGUGUUCACCGAGUAUUUCAAAGAGUUGGAAGAAGAGUCAAUUCGCGACAACUUCGUCAUCAUCUACGAGUUGUUGGACGAGAUGAUGGACUUUGGCUAUCCGCAAACCACGGAGUCGAAGAUCCUACAAGAGUACAUCACCCAAGAGUCACACAAGCUCGAGGUUCAGGCGCGUCCUCCUAUUGCUGUCACCAAUGCUGUGUCCUGGAGAAGUGAGGGUAUCCGUUACCGCAAGAACGAAGUCUUCCUUGACGUCGUCGAGUCCCUCAAUCUCUUGGUCUCAGCCACAGGCAAUGUCCUUCGCUCAGAGAUCCUCGGCGCCAUCAAGAUGAAGUGUUACCUGUCCGGCAUGCCAGAACUCCGCUUGGGCUUGAAUGAUAAGGUCAUGUUCGAGACUACAGGCCGAGCCACUCGCGGCAAAGCAGUGGAGAUGGAAGACGUCAAGUUCCACCAAUGCGUGAGACUGUCUCGCUUCGAGAACGAUCGCACCAUCAGCUUCAUCCCUCCUGAUGGAGAGUUCGAACUCAUGAGCUACCGUCUCAACACUGCUGUCAAGCCCCUCAUCUGGGUGGAGUGCGUCGUUGAGUCUCACUCUGGCUCUCGCAUCGAGUACAUGCUCAAGGCGCGCGCUCAAUUCAAGAGACGAUCAACAGCCAACAACGUUGAGAUCAUCAUCCCCGUCCCCGACGAUGCUGACUCUCCGCGAUUCCGCACCAACGUUGGUUCCGUCCACUACGCGCCCGAGAAGUCCGCCAUAGUCUGGAAGAUCAAGCAAUUUGGAGGUAGCAAAGAGUUCCUCAUGCGCGCCGAGCUGGGCUUGCCCAGUGUGAAGGGCGAUGACGAGCGUGGUGGCGGGAUGACCGGCGGUUUCGGUGGUAGCAUGGGUGGCAUUGGAGAAGGCAAAUCCAAGCGACCGAUCAAUGUCAAGUUUGAGAUCCCGUACUUCACCACCAGUGGUAUUCAAGUCCGCUACUUGAAGAUCAUUGAACCAAAGUUGCAAUACCCUUCCCUUCCCUGGGUUCGCUACAUUACUCAAUCUGGCGACAUCGCUGUCCGUCUCCCAGACGUUCAGACGGGCUAG